AUGUGUCACCGGCAGUUGAUCUCCUCCUGGCUCUCCCUGGUGUUGCUGGCAUCUCCCCUCCUGGCCAUGUGGGAACUGAAAAAAGACGUGUACGUGGUAGAGUUGGAUUGGCACACAGAUGCUCCUGGAGAGACGGUGGUUCUUACCUGCAACACUGCUGAGGAAGAUGGCAUCACAUGGACCUCAGACCGGAAAAGUGAUAUCUUAGGCUCUGGUAAAACCCUCACCAUCCAGGUCAAAGAGUUUGAAGAUGCUGGAGGAUACACCUGUCACAAAGGAGGCGAGGUUCUGAGCCGGUCACAACUGCUACUUCACAAAAAGGAAGAUGAAAUUUGGUCCACUGAUAUUUUAAAGGAACAGAAAGGAUCCAAUGGCAAGACCUUUCUGAAAUGUGAAGCAAGGAGUUAUUCUGGACGUUUCACCUGCUGGUGGCUGACGGCAUUCGGUACUGAUGUGAAGUUCAGUGUCAAGGGCAGCAGAGGCUCCUCAGACCCCUCAGGAGUGACUUGUGGAGAAGCAGAGAGAGUGUCUGGGGACAACCAGGAGUAUAAGUACUCCGUGGAGUGUCAGGAGGACAGCGCCUGCCCCACGGCCGAAGAGAGCCUCCCCAUUGAGGUGGUGGUGGAUGCUAUUCACAAGUUCAAGUAUGAAAACUACACCAGCAGCUUCUACAUCAGAGACAUCAUCAAACCAGACCCACCGAAGAACCUGCAGCUGAAGCCAUCAGUGAAUUCUCAGCAGGUGGAGGUCAGCUGGGAGUAUCCUGACACCUGGAGCACUCCACAUUCCUACUUCUCCCUGACAUUCUUAGUGCAGACCCAUGGCAAGAACAAGAACAGGAGAGAAAAGAAAUACGAACUCUUCACAGACAAGACCUCAGCCACAGUUUCAUGCCACAAGAUUUCAAAGGUGGAGGUGCGGGCCCGGGACCGCUACUACAGCUCAUCGUGGAGCGAAUGGGCCUCUGUGUCCUGCAGUGAGGUUUCAGUCUCAAGAUGA